AUGGAGCCCUUGUUCCCGGCCCCUGUUUCCAGCUGGAAUGCUUCCUUGGCGGCCACCUGGGGAGGCAGUGACAACGAGACAUUGGCAGGGCAGGCAGCCAAGGCAGGGGCUCGGGCAGUGCUGGUGCCUGUGUUAUACCUGCUCGUUUGCACUGUGGGGCUGGGCGGUAACGCGCUGGUCAUCUAUGUGGUGCUGCGCCACGCCAAGAUGAAGACAGUCACCAACAUUUACAUCCUCAAUCUGGCAGUGGCCGACGUGCUGCUGCUGCUGGGGCUGCCUUUCCUGGCCACACAGAACGCCGCCUCCUUCUGGCCCUUCGGUCCGUUUCUAUGCCGCCUGGUCAUGACGCUGGAUGGCAUCAACCAGUUCACCAGUGUCUUCUGUCUGAUGGUUAUGAGUGUCGACCGCUACCUGGCAGUGGUCCACCCUCUGCGUUCUACCCGCUGGCGCCGCCCACGAGUGGCCAAACUGGCCAGCGCCGCAGUCUGGGCCUUCUCACUGCUUAUGGCACUGCCACUGCCAGUGUUUGCAGAUAUCCAGGAGGGCUGGGGCACCUGCAACCUCAGCUGGCCAGAGCCUGUGGGGCUGUGGGGUGCUGUCUUUGUCAUCUACACGUCCGUGCUGGGCUUCUUUGGGCCGUUGCUGGUCAUCUGCCUCUGCUACCUGCUCAUCGUGCUGAAGGUAAAGGCGGCAGGUGCACGUGCAGGCUGCCAGCGGCGUAGGCGGUCAGAGCGCAAGACGACACGCAUGGUGGUGGUGGUGGUGGCUGUGUUUGCGGGCUGCUGGCUGCCUUUCUUUGCCGUCAACCUCGUCAACCUGGCCAUUGCCCUGCCUGAGGAGCCUGCCUCCGCUGGCCUCUACUUCUUUGUGGUCAUCCUCUCCUACGCCAAUAGCUGUGCCAACCCCAUCCUCUACGGCUUCCUCUCUGACAACUUCCGCCAGAGCUUCCGCAAGGUCCUGUGCCUCCGCAAGGGCUAUGGCACUGAGGAUGCAGAUGCUGCAGAGCCGAGGCUGAACAAGACUGGGCAGCCACGGGAGGCCCCGCUGCCCCCAAGUAGCCCUGAGGCCAAGAGUCCCGUGCAGACCAGCAGGCUGUGA